AUGUACUUUUCUGGUGUUAUUGGCGCCUUCUUGUUUUUAUAUGCCCCGCUAGUGAUUUGUGGAGCGGUUUCUGCUGUGUUCCGACCACAAUUAUUAGUGGUGGCUCUCUUUGGGGCUGGUGCUUCUCUUCUCUCCUUUCUCAUCACUGGACUCUUCUACACUAUUAUACACCUUCUAUUCCCAUCGGCUAACACCUCUCUCUUUGUAGCGAUAGUGGUGAUAUUGGUGCAUGUAGCCGCUGCAGGGGCAUUACGUGUGGGUCUCUUCACUUUACUGUUGUGGGUGGAGAAAUAUGCACGUGUGUUUGGGCAACUCCUCGCGGUGAGUUCUGUGCGAUUUGCAUUCGUAGCGGCCGCAGCGGGAUGUGGCUUCGGUGGAUUAUCGGCAUUGCGGGGCGCAGGCACUAUGAUUGAUGCGACUCGACGGCUUACAUUCUACACAGCGGGAACCACCGCGUAUGAUAUGAAUAUUUGUCCACAGUUACCACUUCUUGUGCACAGUACACUACAGGGAUUUUUCUUACUACUUGCACAGAUUGCAUGGGGUGUGAUGACAGGACAGGCAAUCGCCGCAUUACAGGAAUACUCCGUGAAGGAAGCAUGGCAUUUGUGUACUCGUUCUUGUUGUUUUUGGCGUCCACAAACAUAUGUAGAAGACGUUGUAAUGGAAUCCUCUGAUGAUCUUCUCUACAGACCACUACGUCCUGCUUCUCCAGAUGUUGGGGAAAUGAUGACUUCUGCAAAGCAAACGGAAGUCACGGAUGUGGAGCACAUGAAGUCAGUGCUGCAUACAAUUACGAGUAAAGAUUCUCCUAAAAAAGAGAAAGAAGAGAAGUCGGGUGAGGCAAAGAGUAAAACAAAUCAUUCUUUAGAGGAAAGAGAAGAAAGGGAAACGACGGAAGGAAGGGAAUUUACACAAUCUAAUGUAGAAGAAACAGUAGAAACAACAAAAGGAACAGAAGAAGAAACAGAGAAGGAAAAACCAGUUACUAGGACAAACUCUGUUAAGAAGGAAGAAAAAUCAUCAUUAAAUCAUACUUUACCGAAGAUGACACUACUGCAAGAAACACCAUCAAUAGCCUUAAUAUCUCUUAUUGCUUCUAUUUUCCUGCAUCUACUCUUCGCGCUUGCCUCUUUGAUGAAUAGGGGUGCUUACAAUGAUGAGACGCAUGAGGAAGUGCCAUUGCGUGGUUGUGCAGUUUCCCUCCCUUUUCAAGCUUUCAUUACGAUGUUGUCCCUUAUUUGGAUGAGUUUGCUGCUCUAUAAUGAGAGACGUGAAGAGAAACCGUGA